AUGCCUGUGCUUGUCCCGUCAUUCCUCCCGCCACCGCCGGCUCUGCCAUCGGCCACAUCGGCCAUCAGCGCAACCCAGAACCCACCGACGACAUCGGCGCCGAGUUUAUCUGCGUCUAACUCGCCCGCGCCCGCGUCUAUGUCUAGUCAACCACAGCCCUCAUCUCAGUCUACUGUCCUCUCUACAUCUGAGACUAAAGCUGAAGAAGAACUUAAUGUACCUGUUGUAACGCUCUCGCAACCAGCCCUCGAGCCCGAGCUAGUAGCCGCGCUCGCGAGCAGUAUGCUCGGACAUGUUUUAUUUCUCAAGGGACAGAUCCCGUUACCGGCAGCCCAACUCGCACGCCUCCCACAGCCGCUCAACGCCACCAAAGCGAAGAAACGGACCGACAUGCUCAAUGCCCUGGAUACCCUCAAUUCGCAUUUGAGGACUACGUUCCAGGCGCUAGCUGUGGCACUUGCACAACGUGGCGCGGGCAAUGGUGACGGUGGCGACGUUCAACACAAAGACAGGGAGAAUAGUGUGGUUAGGGAAGUUGGCGUGGCCGGGCGAGGGAAGGAGAAUGUUGGACUCGAAAUGGGUGCGAAGGAGGGUGGCGCUGUGAUAGUUGAUAAGGGAAUGGCUCAGGAGAAGGCUGGGGAAGAAUGCGCAGAUGGUGAAGCGCUGGAGGACGCGCAACUGGUGUUCGCCGUCGGACCGACGCCCGGCGCGCCUAAAGCCCGCGUUGUAUUCGCGAUACGUGGACUUGCUCUUGAUGCACACAUGGAUAAAGACGAAAUUGAGGAGUGCGUGGAUAGAAGCGAUGAAGAGAGUGAAGACGACGACGGCGACGAAGACAGCGACGAAGAAGAUGGGGACGAGGAUGGGGACGAGGGAGACGCCUCGGAAGAUGAUCUCGACCAGCCAACUUCACGUGCACCCUCCCCGCCCUCCUCUCAACCGCUCAUCGACACCCCACCGGCCCCUCCGCCUCCAAAAGCAUCGUUUACGCCCUUCACCAUACCCACCGACACCGUCUCGCCCUCCGCCCGGCUGCCACUAUCCAACAAACCCCUACCUAUGUCAACCCGCCCACCCUUAAGCACAACCAACAGCGCUGGCUCUCUCUCAGCAUUCAGCUCCAGCGCUCCACCCCGACUCAACCGCAAACCCCUCGCGCAGAUUUCACAACGUAUCGGCCAACCGCGGAAUGCGAUGAAGCAUGCGGAGAGUCAGAUUGCGAUGCGCGCUGCUGAACGUGCGCUUGGGAAGACGUUGGCUGAAGAUGGACGGCUGGCCGCUGGUGGUGAAAUAGCGCCGACACAUACACACAUCCUCAUUCGUGCUCCGCGCCGCUUCUCGCAUCCCGCCUGGCGCCCGCGCGCACCCCUGGGCUCAGCACUAGACGCGUGUGUAGCGGAGGCGUUGAGCCCUGCGCAUACCGCUUCGAAAGGGAAGAAGAAGACGAAGGCCGAGGGCGUGCUCAUUCAAUGCAUGGGAUCAUCUGAAGCCGAAGAUGUAUCGAGAGUUAAAAAAGCGCAGAACGAAGACGACGAGAUGAUCUGGUGGUUAUGGGAUGGGAAGCUGAGGGGAUUUGCGGAUUGGUGA